GAGAAAUACACUGUAGUGCUGAGGGAAAAUCCGGCAUUUCUGAGCGUAAGUCGACGCGUAAAUGUCGCUUUUGGUUGCCAUCAGAUGACCUGAGUCCCUGUUCGGAUCGACUUCAUUUGAGUUUUUCCUCGGAUGUCAUGGCGUACUCCCAGCUCGGAUACUCCACCUCACCACAGUUUUUAAUGACGUCCGGCACACUGGCCAGCUGUCUGGAACCUGCGUCCCCUCCUUCUUACCCGGUGCUGCGCUCCCCCGCGCACCAGCUCAGCCAGCACGCUCCUCCUGCGGCCAUCUACAGCAGCUCUUGCCACAAAAGUCAAGGUUACUACAGCCCCUGCUCCGCUGACUUCGGUGCUCUCUAUUCCAGAGGCCAAUUGGAACCCAAAAUUGGAGCUGCAUCUUCCACCUACUAUCCUUAUGACUAUGCAUUUGGACAAUACUCCCAUGAAAGAUAUGGCUACUCCUCGAACGACGGUGCUUCCCGACGUAAAAAUGCCACAAGAGAGACUACCGGCACCCUAAAGGCCUGGUUGCAGGAGCAUCAGAAGAACCCGUAUCCCACCAAGGGGGAGAAGAUAAUGCUUGCUAUCAUCACCAGGAUGACUCUCACCCAGGUGUCCACCUGGUUUGCAAAUGCUCGCAGGAGGUUGAAGAAGGAGAACAAGGUGACCUGGUCUCCAAGGGCUUGCAAAGGCUCAGACGACCGCGGGUGUGAUGAAGACAGUGAUGAAGCAGAGAAGUUACUGAAGGGUGAAAAAGAUGGAACUGAUCCACAGUGUUCAGACCAGCAGAGCGAUCUUGAGGAGUUCGAUCUACUGGAGUCUGACGCUUCCGACUGUGAGCCCAAGUCUCAAAUUCACACUGAAGACAUCUGCGCAAAGGUCUUGCAUUCUCAUCCCAGUCUUGAUGUGGACUUAAUGAAAGGCACGGAGCGGUUGUCUCCUGACUGCCGCAAGCCUUCGCCGAUCCUCGACCAAAACGCAACCUUCUACCCAGAAAGUACAGACAAUAAGCCCAAAAUCUGGUCCAUUGCUCACACUGCUGUGGACAACAGGAUGCAGGAAGAGUAUCCGCCCUGCAUGUUGUCUGCCACAGGCUCCACCUCUCCUGUGUAUCACGCGAACAUGGAGCUGACCAGGGCAGAAGCACAACAUGAGUCACCGGUCACCACGCUACGAGAAUGGGUGGACGAAGUCUUUCACUCGCCUCCGUUCAAACAAUCCAAACCCUCAGGGUCGUGGAAAUGUUUUAAUGACUCACAAGAACACAACUUUGAACUCGUCAGAUCAUCUCUGUAGUGGUCGACCAGGUUUUUUUCUGGACUUCUGAACUCAGAUUUCUAUGUUCCGAUCCAACAGUCACUUGUGUUUGGUGUGUUCAUGUUUGCCUGUCAUCACUGCACACAAUCACACUGGACAUUGUGGUACUCGUGUCUGAUGAUUCUGGUUGAACCUCGUCUUUGAAUCUGCUGGCUGUGGUGAAAAGCAACAAGCAAACAGCCACAC